AUGACCGAAGAUCCAUUAAUAGUAGCGUUUCGAUACAGGUUAUCAGAAUGGUUUGAAGAACUAGCAACGUAUAUUACAAAUCUACCCUUAACAACAAACUGUUCGUAUACAGAAACACAUCGGGUAAUAGGCCAUGGAUCAUAUGGAAGUGUUGUGAUUGCUAAAAGGCCGACAGAUAAUGAAUUUGUUGUCAUCAAGAGAUUUACAAGACCUUUGCGCGUGAAUGGCUUGUCAACUGUUAGAGAAAUAUGUUUCCUAAGCCAAUUAAAUCACGGAAACAUUGUUAGUAUUUUGGAUAUCUGUUUGCGAAAUGGAAGCGGAGCAAAUCCCGAGAUAAAACUUGUGUUGGAACUAUGUCGGUGUGAUCUACAAGAUUUCAUUUAUAAAACGAAUUAUACUGAAGAUCAUAGUAAAGUAAUUAUCACACAAAUUUGUAGAGGACUUUCAUACAUUCACAGAUGCAGAAUCAUUCACCGUGACUUGAAACCGCAAAAUAUUUUAAUUGGCUUUGAUGGAAAACUUAAAAUUGCUGACUUUGGAUUAUCUCGAUUAAAACGGAGGAGAGCAACUAAGACUUAUACGCCACAUAUUGGUACACGAGGAUAUCAGGCUCCAGAAAUUUUUUUGGGUUCUGUAACAUAUGACGAAAAAGUGGACAUUUUCUCAUUGGGUGUCAUCAUCAUAACUUUAUAUACCAAAGCGCAAAUAUUCGCGGCAAGCAAAAAUAUCGUCACUUAA